AUGGACAGGCGGCAUGAGGCGUUGACCGGUCGGAGCGGCCGGGGGCGCUGUGCUGGCUCGAUGUCGCGGCGCCACGGACGGUUCCACCACGGCGCCGGCGGCGGAGACGGGGACCAAGGCGCUGGGCCGGCCGUGGUCGACCACGCGGACUGCACUGCGCAGUCGUGCCGCUCCUGCGUGGCGGUGUCGCUGGCGGACUGCAUCGCGCUCGGCUGCUGCCCGUGCGCGGUGGUGAGCCUGCUGGGGCUGGCGCUCGUCAAGGCCCCGCUCGCCGUAGGCCGCCGCUGCGUGCAGCGGCUGCGCCGGCGGCAUGGGAAGCUGCAGCACAAGAAGCGCGUGCGCGACAUGGACCUUGCGGGCGGCCGCCCUGGCCCUAGCGCCGCUGGCGCCAAGUGUGCGGGCGGGGGCGGCCACCGGGAGCCUGGUCCCGGCGAGGCCGCGUCAAAAGGUGAGGACGACGUGGCGACGGCGGCGUAUCAGGGCGCGGCCGCGAGCGAGGAGGAAAGGGUGUGGCUGGAGAUGUACCAGGUGGGGCAGUGGGGCUUCGGCCGCUUGUCCUUCUCCGUGAACCCGCCUCCGAAGGCCGGCCGCAACGCCGACGGCGACGGCUGCGAAAGCGACGUGUGA